GGGGUUUGGAGGGGGCCGAGGAAGUAGGACUCGGCGGUCUCAGAUCCCAAGAGUUGGCCGGGAGAGGAGGGCAGGAGGGAUUUGGAUGUGAAGUGGCUCUUGCCCUCUGUCACAGCCGCGACUGCGGGGAUGGGGCAGGUCAGAGGCUCUCCAGUGUUCACCCUGACUCGGUGAAUCAGUAACAGGUGCAAAUGGAGCCGGCAGCAAGGAAAACAGCACCAGGGGAGGAGCCCUGGGCCCCUCUAGCAGCCCCCCCAGCCGGCACCUUGUGGUCCUUGUGGUCCGAGUCCGAGGUCGGGACCUGUGCGGCCUGUGCCUGGGGGGGAGGGUUGGUGUCGCGUUACGCUCCCGCUUGUCGGUAUUGUGUGUUCUUUCCCGUGGACCUUCCCAGCUCGCCUGUGUAGGUUAUGUGGUUCUCGGUCUGGAGAGUGACCUCAGGCUUCGGGGGUUGUGCUGUCUUUAUCGUGCGCCCUCUGCCGUGGGCGUUCGGUGGGGCUGUGAGCUCUGCACUGUGAGCAGGCUAGGAGAGGCCGGUCUGAGCAGUUACUGCAAUCUUAGUCCAGCUGCCUUAUUAUGUGAAAACUGGACCGUGCCAGGACUUCUGAGAAAUGGCAACUUUCACCUGCCAAAAUGGCAGCCGCACGCCGGGCCGUGCCAGCGUUUUGGGCGUGCUGCCCUGUUUUCCUAUUGAAACCUCCACUGUUAGCAGCAUUGUAAGUAGCUCUUUAUCCUGGCAACAGCAUCGUUUUGAAUAAACAACUUGGGUAAUGGUACUGUCUUCAUUUGGAAGAGGUCAGGGUCCAGGACUUUAUGGUGAGCUCAGAGUACUCUCUAAAGCCAUUUCUCAGGCUUGAUGGGCAUUUAAACACCUUCCACUGACCCAGUGAGGCAGGUCUUUGCUACUGCCUCUGUGGCCAGGGGCCGUAAGUUGUUUUAAUCCUGCUGGUUGGUUAUUGUCCUUUCUUAGGAGGAAGUUCAGGUUGGCUGUGAGGGUCCUGCGCACCUUCCUCGCAGUCCUGCUGCUCCUGAGCCCCUUCCUGCUCCUCAGUCCCUCCCCCUGCCCCCCGGAACUGCAGGAGCAAGGUCUCUUUGAAGAUGUUUCUGGGACGCUGCACUUGUGCCUGGCCUUGGCUCCUUGCUGCGGGGCAGGCUUCCAAGGAGUCCACUUGGGGGGCCAGGGUCCUAGUUAGGGCCCUAAACUGAGCAGCGGGAAGGAGAGAGGAUUCCAGAAUUUGCCUGUCUGUGCAUCUUCCUGGAACAGGUCUAUGUAGUUUUUUUUUUUAGUUACCAGGUGGCUUGUGAAUUUGAUUGAGAAUUCUUUGAUUACCCGGUGGAGGACCACUGUCCUCACUGGGAAGGCAGGCCUUCCCUUUGCGGUCUCUGCCCUGCUCCCGAGUCUGGAAGAGACAGAUGAUGGCACGGGCAGCGUUGAUCUUCACAUGGAUGCCACGCACUUGCCCGGGCGCCCCGGUGGGGUGGGGUCGCAGGUCAGAGGACUGCUCCCAGGCCUGACAGCUUCUGUGUUGGUCAGGUGGGGCCGGCAGCUCCUCCGGCCUGCUGGGAAGGCAGUCCUGCACCCUCCUCAGGCCCGGGGCUGAGGAGCUGAGGAGAGAGAGGACUUUGCAACGCACUGACUUGUCAGAUACACACAUCCGCGCUCGAGAUUGGACCCAGGGCCUUCGCACUCAGCUACACACCUGCUUUUAUUCAUUGUUUCUGAACUUUGAGGUGAGGUCUUGCCAAGUUGCCAAGGCUGGACUUGAACUUGUGAUCCUUGUGCUUUAGCCUCCUGUGUCACUGUGUGUGGCUGGCCUGAUGAUGUUUUUAUUUUUGUUUUUUGAGACAGUAUCUCACCAUGUCAUUCAGGUUAGCCUUGAACUCUCUAUGUAGCCAGGCUGGCUUGGAACCCCAGGAAAUCCUCUUGCCUCAGCCUCCCAAGUGCUGGGAUUCCAGUCGUGCACCACAGCUGCCUUUGAUCAGUUUUAAGUGUGUUUUAAAGCCACGAUGAACGUACGUGAUGCAGUGUGUUAUACUGCGGAGGAGAAGUGGGAACAUCUCCUCUGCGCCCUGCGUCCUGACCUGUGGCUGCCUUCUGUUCUGUCUGGACGGGGUCCCUGCAGAUCCUCUUCGGGGAGCUGGCUUGGCGUAGGGGCCUCUGCUGGGCUGUGUCCAGAGCACCAAGUGGCGGCUGUUCUGGGAGAUCUGCCUCUGCCCUCAGCCUGCAGGUGCCCUCGGGGCGCUGUCCACCGCUCACCUGUCUGCUCCCCCUGUUCUUUGGCUGGAAGAACAGAGCACCGUCUUUGUGCUGCUGGUUUUUGUGCUGUACAUGUAGCUGUGUGCUGGGGUGCAGAGGUGGAGGCUGUGGCUUCCUAGCUGCUCCCUGCUCUCCUCGGAGAGGUGUGGCUGGUGCCAAACUCCUCCAGCCCGUCGCCCCUGCUGACCUUUGCCAGGCUGGUAGGGAAUGGCGUCCAGACUUGUGCUUACCAGUUAUGCAGCAGACUGGAAAUCUUGUCCAGUUGCGACCUUUGGUUUCUCAGCAAAUUCACUGUGGCUUCUUGAGCCUAUGUUGGCGUAGGAUUAGGCUGUCUCCUGUAGUGGUGAAAGGAAUUCGCUCCUUUGGGGUGGAACGAGGACUGUUUUCUGAGAAGCCCUGGUGUUUCCUGGCGAGGUAGUAUUGCACCACACAGCAGCUCCAGGAGCUGCACUGCCGGGCUGCGAGGCGUGGGGCCGGGCCGAGUGUGUGCACGUGCGCGGCCGGCUGAACACUUGGUUUCUUUCUAAUUUUUGUCUUUUUCUUAGUCCGUGUUUGCAGGACACGGUGCCCACAGCCGGCAUGGGGAUCCAGUUCCUUGUCACCCCCAGCCUCCUCCCCCUUCCGCUCUGCAGAAGCUUCACCACCCCGAUUUUUCCUUUUGCACCCUCUCCCUCCCCUCCAUGCACCCCUGGUGUCCCCUCUCUCUGAAGAAGGCCCCUGCCUCCCUGCACCUGUGUUCUGUCCCUCAUAGAGCAGAUGCCGUGCGAUGUCCCAGCUGUGUGUCUGUUUAUUUCGCUCAUGGCCACGGUCCCAAGGCGCGCCAGUGUCCCUGCCUGUGGACGGCUGAAGUCGGUCCUUGUUUGGGGCAGAGUGGUACUGGCCGUGUAUAAGCGCCACGUUCUCUUUCCCAUCGCCGCUUGUGGACUGCAGCCCUGCGAGGCUUAGUUACUGAGAGCUGUGCUGCUGUCAACGCGGUGCGUGCGCACAUGUGUCUUCAGCUCCCGGGCUUCCCCUGGAGGGCACAGCUGCGGGAGGAGCACGGAGCUUCCAGCCCCAGCUUUCUGAGGAGUCUCCGCUCUGGUUUCCAUCGGGACUGUGCCAGUUCGAGUUUGCUCCAGCAGGGCGGAAGGCUCCUUCCUUCCCCCGCAGCCUCCCAGCACUCUUUGUGUUUGGUUUCUGGAUGAUGGCCGCUCUCUCCUGGCUGAGACGGACUCUCAGGGUUGUUUCCAUUUGCAUUUCUUUUUCUUUUCUUUUUCAUAGUCGACUUUUUAUCCUUUUGAACAUAGAAUGUGUUGGUGUUUUUUGUUGUGAUUUCCAGAUCUAUUUAUUACUUUGAAUUUCUUAAACAGCCAGCGAUGCUGGACAUUUUUUCAUGUGUUGAUUGGCCGUUCGCAGCUGUGCGGCGUGUCUGUCCACUCUGGUUGCCCAUUUUUUGACUGGGUCUUUUGUCUUGAGAGGUGUCUAAUUUUUGGAGUUCGUGUCUGUUCUGACGUUGGCCCCCGUCUGAGGAGCAGUGGCGGAAACUUUCUCCCGUUCUCUAGACCUUCUCUUCACUUGGCUGGCUGUCUCCUUGGCUGUGCAGAAGCUUCUCUAUUUCCUGUGCUCCCAGGUCUUGACUCUUGGUGACUUUGCUUUGUUUUCUUUCGGGUACCAGGACUCACACUCGGGACCUGGUGCUGGCCAGGCAGGCGCUGUGCCUCUGAGCUAAGUCCCGGCCCCUUGGUACCGUUCUUGUGCCAUUUGGAUCCUCUUCGGAAAGUCCUUGGCUACGCCUGUGCCUUUACGAGUUUUACUUAUUUUAUCCACCAGCAGUUGAAGUGUUCCUGUUUUACUUUAAAAUUUUAUUUAUUUAUUUAUUUUUAUUUUAAAGAUAAUAAAACUCAACAAAACAAAACAGAAUGAAGCCAGUCAAAACAAAGCAGUGAAACUGAUACAGAACUUGGAAGCAGGAUACCAGGAAAACCACAGUGACCACCACAGUGUGUCUCGCUGGCUUCGCAGUGGGGUCCGUCCAUGAGAUAGAGCAGAAUCAGACCAAACAAAACAGAAUAAAACCAGUCAAAACAGAACAUGGAAUGAAGCAAAGCAAACAAGCAAAGAGAACAAUACUGGACCUCAGAAGCAGGACAGGAGGACCCCGCAUGCGCCGCGGCGCUGCCGCCACCCGCCCAGGAGGUGCUCGGGCCGGCCAGGCUGCCCAGUCGGCCACACAAUACGAGCAUUCAGUUGCUGUCAAGGCAGCCUGUCCUCGAGCCAGCGGUGGCUUGGGGUGCGUCGUGGGGUGCUUCUUGACUGUCAGCCGCACUGGUGGGCUCACGGGAGAUGCUGACCUCUGUCCUCUGGGCCCCGAGUGGCUGGUGCCGCUUGGCAGAAAGCCUGGCUGUUUGGCUUCGUGCUGGGCUCCGCCAGUGUUUCUGUUGCAUAGUUCGAGCUUCGUUCCGUUUUCAUUUCGUGCGCGGUGGGGGAAGAUGGGGGUCUGGGCCGGUCUGCUGGACAGCAGCCGACAGCCGCUUUCCUCGCACCGUUCACUAACGAGGUCUCUUUCCUCCCGUGUGAGUGUUCGGCCCGCGGUCAAGAUCAGCAGCCGAACGUGGUGGGGUGCGCCUGCUUUCCUGCUGUGUCCGCGGAGCCCCAUGCCUGCUUUGUGCUACUACCUUACUGACUGGGUCUGAGCCACAUGACUUCCGGCUGUUCCCCAAAGUCAGAAUGACCCUGAAAAGCAAAUGCUUUGAGUGGAUUCAGGAUAUCACGUGGCCGUGGCAGCACAGCUAAAGAUCUCUGGCCCUGAAAGAGGACUUCGAGAACUGCUUUAGGAAGUAGCAGGAGCAAUGGGAGAGUGUGUUGGAGGUGACAGCUACUGCGGCCUGUGACCUGGACUCUCGCUCCCUGGCUGGCCCUCUUCUCGCCUCCUGGAUGAUGUCAGAACAGGACCUGGCGGAUGUGGUUCAGAUCGCAGUGGAGGACCUGAGUCCUGACCAUCCAGUAGUUCUGGAGAAUCAUGUGGUGACGGAUGAAGAUGAACCUGCCUUGAAACGCCAGAGAUUAGAAAUCAAUUGCCAGGAUCCCUCUAUCAAGUCUUUCCUGUAUUCCAUUAACCAGACGAUAUGCUUGCGGUUGGAUAGCAUUGAGGCCAAGCUGCAGGCUCUGGAGGCCACCUGCAAAUCCCUGGAAGAGAAGCUGGACUUGGUCACCAACAAGCAGCACAGCCCCAUCCAGGUCCCCAUGGUGGCGGGCUCCCCGCUCGGCGCCACCCAGACCUGCAACAAAGUGCGAUGCGUCGUCCCCCAGACUACAGUAAUACUCAACAAUGAUCGGCAGAACGCCAUUGUAGCCAAGAUGGAAGACCCCUUGAGCGGCAGGGCACCGGAUUCCCUGGAAAAUAUCAUUAGCAACGCUGUUCCCGGCCGUCGGCAGAACACCAUCGUGGUGAAGGUGCCCGGUCAAGACGACAGCCACAACGAAGACGGGGAGAGUGGGUCGGAGGCCAGCGACUCCGUGUCCAACUGCGGCCAGCCCGGGAGCCAGAACAUUGGCAGCAACGUCACGCUCAUCACCCUGAACUCAGAAGAGGAUUACCCCAACGGCACCUGGCUGGGCGACGAGAACAACCCCGAGAUGCGCGUGCGCUGCGCCAUCAUCCCCUCGGACAUGCUGCACAUCAGCACCAACUGCCGCACGGCCGAGAAGAUGGCGCUCACACUGCUGGACUACCUCUUCCACCGCGAGGUGCAGGCCGUGUCCAACCUGUCGGGCCAGGGCAAGCAUGGCAAGAAGCAGCUCGACCCGCUCACCAUCUAUGGCAUCCGGUGUCACCUUUUCUAUAAAUUCGGAAUCACGGAAUCUGACUGGUAUCGGAUCAAACAGAGCAUCGACUCCAAGUGCCGCACCGCAUGGCGGCGGAAGCAGCGGGGGCAGAGUCUGGCGGUGAAGAGCUUCUCACGGAGGACCCCGUCCUCAUCCUCCUACAGCACCUCAGAGACCAUGAUGGGUACCCCGCCGCCCGCGCCCGAGCUGCAGCAGCCGCAGCCGCAAGCCCUGCACUACACCCUGGCCAAUGCCCAGCAGGUGCAGAUCCACCAGAUCGGAGAGGACGGCCAGGUGCAAGUAAUCCCACAGGGCCAUCUCCACAUCGCCCAGGUGCCGCAGGGGGAGCAGGUGCAGAUCACGCAGGACAGCGAGGCAGAGGGAAGUUCUGUGUCUCACCUCAUCACGGGCUCAUGGCCGGCUCUGAUUGUCUCCUCUUCUGGUCAUUUGCAGGGUAACCUGCAGAUCCAUCACGUGGGCCAGGAUGGACAGGUGCUGCAGGGAGCCCAGCUGAUCGCCGUGGCCUCCUCGGACCCUGCUGCAGCUGGUGUGGACGGGUCAUCUCUCCAGGGCAGUGACAUCCAGGUGCAGUACGUCCAGCUGGCGCCUGUGAGUGAGCACACAGCCACUGCACAGACAGCUGAGACCCUGCAGCCCACCCUGCAGCCCGAGAUGCAGCUGGAGCACGGGGCCAUCCAGAUCCAAUGAGGCAGGGUGGCCGCGCCCCAGGACUGUGCCGUGCCAGCGGGCCCAGUUGACAACCUGGUCUCCACGUGCCCAGCUCUCAAAGCCGGCUGGGGGCAGCUGUGCAGAUCCUGCUGCCAUGCGUCUGAAAGCCGCCUCCACCACCGGGACCGCGUCCCUGCCGCCCCUGCAGGGAGAGCCCUUCGGUCUGAGCCACGCCGACAGCGUCUUCAGGGGAAUCGGCGCGGAGCGUAUAAAGUACACUCAAAUCAAGAACUACAAUAUUUUGUUUAAACAGCUUUUUUUAAUUUGCUAUGGUGUUUGUAACAAAAAAGAAAACCGAAAAAAAAACUGGAGUAGCAGAAGCCUUUUGCUGUUGUGCUCUGUUCAGUGUCAUGAAAGCAGGUGUUUGCGAGAGAAAGCUGAUGAUUUUGACGGAAAUAUUGCUCACCUACUUUUCUAGGGGACACGCCCCGCACACUGUAAUUAUGCAUUUCUAAUGAAAUAAACUGUAUUUAUGACCA